CUAAGAUAGACGUGUACAAAAAAUUCAAGAUGAAACCAAAUCCGGUCAAGAAAUCUUAUCCACAAAGCACAAACCUCAUCCAAAUGUCUUCUUCCCCACUCCUGCACCUCUCGUUUCAAUUCCAAAAAUGCCGUCCAUCCUACACACACCAAAAUCUCAUCUUCCCACAGAGCUUUCCUGCAAGCUAGCUCGGGAGCCUAAUUAAUUAUGUCAUGCUCCCACCCCGCAAUGCUUCUAUCCUCCACCCACCCAUCUCCUUCCUCCUCGCUCUCUUUCGCCUCCUCUCUCAACCCUAACCACCUCCCUGCCCACAAUCCUUCACCACUCCCCUGCCCCACCUCGAGACCGUCGAUUCGAUGCGACCUCCGGCAGCUCCGAGAUCGCAUCGUUUCAGUGAAGAACACGGGGAAGAUCACGGAGGCGAUGAAGCUGGUGGCCGCCGCCAAAGUGAGGAGAGCUCAGGAAGCUGUGGUCAACGGCCGGCCGUUCUCUGAGACCCUCGUCGAGGUUCUGUAUAACAUUAAUGAACAGCUCCAGCAGUCUGAUGCCGUCAAUGAGAUCCCUCUCACUCGCGUUAGGCCGGUGAAGAAGGUUGCUUUAGUGGUUAUCACCGGCGACCGUGGACUCUGCGGCGGGUUCAACAAUAGCCUCAUCCGAAAAGCAGAGGCCAGGAUUUCUGACAUAAAGAGCCUCGGGAUUGAUUACACUGUGAUAAGCGUGGGUAAAAAGGGAAACUCCUACUUCAGCCGUAGACCCCACAUUCCUGUGGAUAGGUUUCUCGACGGCUCUUCUCUGCCCACCUCUAAAGAUGCCCAGGCGAUAGCCGACGACGUCUACUCGCUCUUCAUCAGUGAAGAGGUGGACAAGGUUGAGCUUCUGUACACAAAGUUCGUGUCUCUGGUGAAAUCAGAGCCUGUGAUUCAAACGUUGCUCCCCAUUUCUCCGGUAGGAGAGGUCUGCGAUAUCAAUGGGAAGUGCGUGGAUGCAGCAGAGGAUGAGUUCUUCAGGCUGACGACAAGAGAGGGGAAACUGACGGUGGAGAGAGACGUUAGGAGGCGAGAGACACCGGAGUUCUCGCCGAUCAUGGCGUUCGAGCAGGACCCGAUUCAGAUACUGGAUGCGUUGUUGCCUCUGUAUCUGAACAGUCAGAUUCUGAGAGCACUGCAGGAAUCAAUGGCCAGUGAGUUGGCUGCCAGGAUGAGUGCGAUGAGCAGUGCGACUGACAAUGCUAAUGAUUUGAAGAAGACACUGUCUAUAUCAUAUAACCGAGAGCGCCAGUCAAAGAUUACUGGUGAAAUCUUGGAGAUUGUUGCUGGUGCUAAUGCCUAACAUAUCAUUCUUAUCAUUAUUGCAUCAAUGCUUCAAGUUUGUUGUUCUUGUAUUAUUAAGUAAUUCAAGAACUGCAAUUCUGAAGCGAGGGGUAGAUGGUGAUGAUACUCUUAUAUUUUGUUCUCCAUUUCAUACAAAUGCUUUGCUUGAAUACAUGAGAAAAUGGUGUAUUGAUUGAUAAGGAUUAACGCCAUCUAGCUUAGCUACCCAUAUAAUGUUAUACUAGUAUACCAUAGUACAUAGACCAUAGUAUAAUGUAUAUGUCCAGAUUUUUUAUCUGGAAUUGAUAAGACAUGAAAUAAUGAGAAGUCCUUGAGUUAAUUGUUUGAGACAAGAGAA